UCGUGUAUAUUACUGGAAAAGUGACCAGGUACAAUGUAACAAUAUUACUGCGGUGUGGAGAUUGGAACUCAGCGUGUGCUUCAUCUUGAUUCUCGUCAAAUUUUCAACUAUUUCUGACUCACAAAAUAAGCAACAUUUUUCUCUUGGUAAUUACUACUCCUAGUACUAUUAAAUCCUUUGCCCCAAAACAUCUGUCUUCAUUCGCCACCUACCCCAAUUAGUCAACUAUAACCGCCACCGCGUACCUACUGUCUUCUCCGCCGGCAGCGACGAUGGCAUCCGAUGGGUUCCGGCCGUUGGACGAGAAAUCAUUAGUGGAGUACAUAAAAGCUACUCCUGCUUUGGUUUCAAUAUUAGGCAAGGAGUUCGAUAAACUUGAAAUUAAGGAAGUGGGUGAUGGAAAUCUCAACUUUGUUUAUAUUGUUGUUGCUCCCUCUGGUUCGUUUGUCAUCAAACAGGCUCUUCCUUAUAUUCGAUGCAUUGGAGAGUCGUGGCCAAUGACAAAAGAACGCGCUUACUUUGAAUCCACUGCGCUAAAAGAGCAUGGGCGUCUGUGUCCCGAGCAUGUACCUGAGGUUUACCAUUUUGACAGGACCAUGUGUGUGAUCGGGAUGCGCUACCUUGAACCUCCUCAUAUUAUAUUGAGGAAGGGAUUGAUUGCUGGGGUCGAGUAUCCAUUGCUCGCAGAAAACAUUUCGGACUAUAUGGCGAAGACUCUUUUCUUCACCUCCCUGCUUUAUCUUAAGACAACUGAUCACAAACGUGCAGUUGCUGAAUUUUGUGGAAACGUCGAGUUGUGUCGGCUCACUGAGCAGGUUGUCUUCUCGGAUCCCUACAAAGUGUCACAAUAUAAUCGCUGUACAUCUCCUUAUCUAGAUGCCGAUGCAGAGGCAGUUCGCAACGAUAAUGGUUUGAAGAUUGAAGUUGCUGAGCUUAAAUCCAAGUUUUGUGAGAGAGCCCAAGCUCUAAUACAUGGCGAUCUCCAUACUGGUUCUUUGAUGGUCACUCACGAUUCAACCCAAGUAAUUGAUCCGGAAUUUGCUUUCUAUGGGCCAAUGGGUUUUGAUAUUGGAGCAUUUAUUGGAAAUCUAAUUCUGGCGUACUUUUCCCAAGAUGGUCAUGCGGAUCAGGCCAAUGACCGCAAGUCAUAUAAAGUUUGGAUUCUGAAGACAAUAACAGAGACUUGGAACCUCUUUCACAAAAAGUUUCUUGCACUCUGGGAUGAGCACAAGGAUGGUCCUGGUGAGGCAUAUCUUCCUGAAAUAUACAACAAUACAGAGCUUCGACAGCUGGUGAAGCAGAAAUACAUGAAAGAACUCUUUGAGGACACCCUUGGAUUUGGUGCUGCUAAAAUGAUAAGGCGAAUAGUUGGGGUAGCUCAUGUAGAAGAUUUCGAAUCAAUCAAGGAUGCUGCCAAACGAGCUGAUUGUGAACGACUAGCGCUUAACUGUGCAAAGAAGCUUCUGAAGGAAAGACGAAACUUCAAGAGCAUUGAUGAAGUUGUUUCCACAAUUGAGCAAGGUCAUUUGCAAUAAUGUCUAGGUAAAAUAGACGAUGUAACAUGUUAGCCAUUUUGACUAAGCGUUUUGGAGUCUAUUAAGAUGCAUAUUAAUCAGAAAUAAUCCCCUGUUAUUUAGUGCAAUUGCAUGUCGGUUGGCAAUGGUUAGCAUACUGGACAAUUGUACUAUGUCGGGUCUGUUUUUUCAGUUCUGUUAGGGGUUAAAGUAUCUUGGUAAAAAUUGGUGAGUUUUUCUUUGAUUCAGUAGUCAUUCUAUUACGGAGGAACUUUAUCAUUUCCAGUUUACUUCUGCACCAACUUCAUAUUUUUCA